AUGUAUAUAUACAUGCCCGUCUCGGCUGUGAACGGCGCGCCCGCGGCUGCGAUCGGCGACAGGUCAAACGGUGUGGCAACGGAUGGCUCGCGACUCUGGUCGAUCGGCUGGCUGAACAUGAUGCGCGCCUGCGACGACACGUCCGAUGUACGAUUGGAGAAGUUCCGCGCGGCGACAAGCGACGCCGUCGCGACGGAGUCGGGGAAUGGGGACGCGAACGCGACGCAGGAGAUGGCGACGUCGAGGAAGUGCGAGGGACAGCUGUCUAUGCUGUGCGCGGCGAACAGCUGUUCGUCCUGCAUACCUGCGUGCCGUAUGUCAGAAAUGGCGCAGGAGGACCACGGCCCGUCCUGGGACAACCUGCCUGCCGUUAUCUUGCAGGAGAUAUUCUCGUAUUUGUCGCACGAGACCAGAAUAAGAGCCUCCCAGGUAUGCAAAAAUUGGAGAUACACUUUGUUCCACCCAAACUUCUGGAAAAAAAUCAUUUUUGUGUUCAGAGAUAAAGACAGCAUUUUAUGGACUCGAUUCUUGGCAAAUCGUUUUGCUCUGAGUGUACACGAGGCUACGAUUCGUUGGGAUAUAUCUAGAAACAUCAAUUGCCUAGGAGAGACGUACAGGCUCUUGCAGAAAUUAAGUCACAAUAGACAAUUGAGAAAAUUGUUCUUGGAAUUCAAUAGUAAUAUUUGUGAUUCUUUUGACAACGAGGGUGACAGUAAUUACAAAAGUUCCGCAUCAGUACAAUGUGUGAUAAAUAUUAUUGAGACUUCUAAUUGUCUGGAAGCCCUGAGUCUGGGUUGCAGGGAAGAAUUGAUUAUGAAUUUAUUUGCAAUUGUGGAACCUCUCCGUCUUCAUCACUCCAAACAUUUAACACACCUCAGUCUAGCAUCUGUCAAGAACGAUCCUGACUAUUAUGACUUCUUUGAAUUUGAUAACACUAUUUUUAAUUCGUUUAUCAGAUUAUCUAUCUUAACUUUAGAUUAUGAGUAUGUCAGUGAUACUUUGUUGGCAGCGUUAGAUAAUGGAUGUAUGCAAAGACUUGUAAUUCAUAUACAUGGCUGGAAACAGGAUUAUCCAGGAACAACAAAUUUGGCUUGGCAAAUGUUUGUUCAAAAAAACCCACAUUGUGAAUUAAGGCUCAAUCUUAUACAUUCUUAUGCCGGCGUUAAGGUUUUGGAUACUGAUAUAUUAUGUGCUGCUAUGCCACUGACACACUUACAAGUUCUAUUCUGUGAGAACAUUAAUAUCAGAGCAUUACAUCGAAUAUCAAUGUGGUACGCAAAUACAUUGAAAUCAUUGACAUGGAUAGACUCAAUAGAUCACAAGCAGCAUAUACCAUCUACAUUUGAUCCAAAUGAUCCACACAGUCCAGAUCCUUUGGUGUUAGUGGCAUGGAAAUGUAAUAAACUCAUGAAGAUGGUGUUCCUGGGUCAUAAAUAUUAUCAAGAGAAUCUGUUGGCCAUCGCGCGUCUCAGAGGCAACACUCUUAAAUUAUUGGUAUUUGCAAAAAAUGAUAUCACAUCUGAAGUUAAACUGUGUCGAAACUUCGAAGAUGAAAAUAUCAAACGUGAAAUUCGAGAUAUAAUGGGUCCACAUUGGAUGCCCUUGAAUGACUCAGAUUUGCCAAUGGUGAUAUUCGAUCCUUUCAAAGGCGACAGUAGAGAAGUGAUUAUACCGUUGGUUCUCAGUGAUCAGAAAUAAUUUUUGACAGAAGUCAAGGAAAAUCUCUAUCCAGUGUGAUUAUCCAAAAACCAUCUCCGGGCCAUCAACAUUCUCAGAAGUAAUGUUAUCAGAUUACAUCUUUUAUUCUUCUACAAGAUUUUUUUCACAAGGGUGAAACA